UCACACAGCUAGUGAGUGCCUGGGCUCUCCUAUCCGAGUCUAAAGCCCUUACUAAUGUUUCCUCUCACCACACUCCAGAAUAAUAUUCCUCCUUCCACCUAACUCCCAGAGAUCAGAUUUUGAUGGGUCCCUGAGGGAUUUGUGCCAGAGAGUUGCCAUCCUUGCAACCACCCAACCCCCACGCCAAUGAAUCUUUUCUGCGGAGUGCUGGCCUGGAGCCAGGUGAGACCAGAACCUCCAUUUCAGGGGCUUUCUCUAGAAUCUGUCGCUGUGGUUACCUCCAGUAGAAUCUGUUUCAGGAAGAGGUCUGACCAAGAAGGACAGCGGUGACAUUCAUCACUGCGGGAGAGCAAAAUCCGGGGCUGGGGGCCACACGUCGAGAGGGGAGGGGCCAGGGGGCGGCCCCCUUGUGACCAGCCCUGAGGAGAGGUCAGGAGAGAACGUUGGCUGAGGAGCGCCUAUACAGCGGCAGCGGCUGACGUUCUGUAUCACGCGCCUGUGGCCCAAGACAGGGGCGAUGAAUCCGUGGAGCGCGUGAGAAGGAGUCCGAAUUCUCGGAGGACUAGGGAAUGAAGGUAUUGAAGCAAGAAACGAAGUGUGAGAAGGAACACAAGCGCGCGAAAAGAGCGUGAGAGGGCGCAAGAGCUUGGCUGACCAAAAGUGCGCUUGGAGAAUAUAGGGAAAGAACGUCAGAGGAAGCUGUACCAAAGCGAGGCUGCGCAGGGCGCAGGAAAAGCAGUCAGAGGGUGGCGCCUUUUUUAAAGAAGAUUCCCUCUCCACCCUAAAUCUCAGGCCAUACCACACCCCACCCCCACGUUUUCCUCCCUCUGUCCGCCUCCUAUUCCCCCUCACCAGCCCCCCACUCCUGGCAGAUCGGAUCGCCUUUAAACCAGGUAACAGCCUUGGUCUCCACAGCAGCUCCAGGAGCUCCAGAGUAGGGGGGGUGGAGCCCGCAGCGGCCGCUGGCUGAGCUCAUGGUGGGAGGGGUCCCGGGGGCGCUAAUGGCGCACAGCGGCCAUGACGCUGGCCAGAUCAUUCACAGAAAUCCGUCUCAUUCCAUCUACAGUUGCAGCUCCAUUCCUGACGCCCUUCUCCUCAGGCGGGGCGGUGAGCUGAUGGCCCAAGUUCGGGAAACUUCCUUGCCCUCCGGCUCUUUGGUCCGCUGGAGCUCGGGAAGUGGGGGAGGAGCCUCUCCCGAGGAGGCGGCUGAAAAGGCGGGGGAAAUGGAGAAGGAGGCGGUGGGGGCGGCAAAGGCGUGUUCAGGCCUGGGAGCUGAGGAGAUGAAGCUGGACCCAUUACAAGAGCAUAAGCCUGCUCCUGAGAACUUGACGUGGAGUGACGGCGGCGGCGAUAAUAAGGUGCUCCCUUCAACCCCUCCUCGCUGUUACAGCAGCUCCUCGCCCCUUUGCCCGCGCCGCAAGCCCCGCCCUCGGCCCCAGCCCCGGGCCCGCUCGCGAGGGCCGCCUGGUCUCUCCGCCCCACCCCUGCCUCCAUCCCAUCCUUCCCCUCCGCCUCUGACCGGACCCCAGCCCUGGCGCAGACCGCGGCGUAGAUCCAGGCCGGCGUCUAGGCCCCAGAUGCUGCACAGCUGUUCUAGUGAAUUAGGUGGCUCUGGGGAUCGAGGUGGUUUAGGGGACUGGUUGCUGGAGGUGGAGUUUGAUCAGGGUCCUACAGGCUGCACGCACGUGGAGAGCUUUAAAGUGGCUAAGAACUGGCGGAAGAACCUGAGGUUGAUUUACCAGCGUUUCGUAUGGAGUGGGACCCCAGAAACUAGGAAACAUAAGGCAAAGUCGUGCAUCUGCCAUGUAUGUAGUACCCAUAUGAACAGACUCCACUCUUGUCUCGCCUGUGUCUUUUUUGGCUGCUUUACUGAGAAACAUAUUCAUAAACAUGCAGAAACAAAACAGCACAAUUUAGCCGUAGACCUCUAUCGUGGGGUUAUAUAUUGCUUUAUGUGUAAGGAUUAUGUAUAUGACAAAGACAUGGAACGAAUUGCCAAAGAAACAAAAGAGAAAAAUUUGAAAUUAACUUCCACCUCAACAGAUGUUUCUCAACAACAGUGUAUGACAUCAGGUGUUGAAGAGAGGCAUUCAACCUGUGAGUCAAAGGAACAAGAGCCAAAAUUGGUGAAACCCAAGAAAAAGAGGAGAAAAAAGUCAGUCUAUACCAUAGGCCUGAGAGGGCUAAUCAAUCUUGGGAACACAUGCUUUAUGAAUUGUAUUGUCCAGGCACUUACCCAUAUUCCUCUAUUGAAAGAUUUCUUUCUCUCUGACAAGCAUAAAUGUAUAAUGACAAGCCCCAGCUUGUGUCUUGUCUGUGAAAUGUCUUCUCUUUUUAAUGCUAUGUACUCUGGGAGCCGAACUCCUCACAUUCCCUAUAAGUUAUUGCAUCUAAUAUGGAUUCAUGCAGAACACUUAGCAGGGUACAGGCAGCAGGAUGCCCAUGAGUUCCUCAUUGCAAUAUUAGAUGUGCUGCAUAGACACAGCAAAGACGAUAGCAUUGGGCAGGAGGCCAAUAACCCCAACUGCUGUAACUGCAUCAUAGACCAAAUCUUUACAGGUGGCUUGCAAUCAGAUGUCACAUGUCAAGCUUGUCAUAGUGUCUCUACCACAAUAGACCCAUGCUGGGACAUCAGUUUGGACUUGCCUGGCUCUUGUGCCACAUUCAGUUCCCAGAGUCCAGAGAGAGCUGAUAGCACAGUGAGUAGGGAUGACCACAUACCAGGAAUCCCCUCACUCACAGACUGCCUACAGUGGUUUACAAGGCCAGAGUACCUAGGAAGCAAUUCCAAAAUCAAAUGCAGUAGUUGCCAAAGCUAUCAGGAAUCUAUCAAACAACUCACAAUGAAGAAAUUACCUGUUGUGGCCUGUUUUCAUCUCAAGCGAUUUGAGCAUGUAGGUAAACAGAGGCGGAAGAUUAAUACUUUUAUCUCCUUUCCCUUGGAGCUGGACAUGACUCCAUUUUUGGCCUCCACUAAGGAGAGCAGAAUGAAAGAAGGCCAGCCACAAACAGAUUGUACAUCCAACGAGAAUAAAUAUUCCUUGUUUGCAGUGAUUAAUCACCAUGGAACUUUGGAAAGUGGACACUACACCAGCUUUAUCCGGCAACAAAAGGACCAAUGGUUUAGCUGUGAUGAUGCCAUCAUCACCAAGGCUACCAUUGAGGACUUACUCUACAGUGAAGGGUAUUUACUGUUUUAUCACAAACAGGGUCUAGAGAAAGAUUAGUCUUGCAAGACCACUUACCAGAAAAAAGUGAAAGAAAGGAAUGUGCAAGGAUCCUGAAGUGACACACAAACCUACCUGGAAUAGACAAUGGUAAUGCCCAUAAAACAACAAGCACCUCUUGAAAUUUCACAAAAACCUACCUGGCAUGGACAAUGACAACAGCACCUGUAUGACAAGUAGCACCUUGAUAUGAAGAACCUAUUUUACCAUGGCUUAUGGAUCUGUAAGAGGGAAAAAAUACUUAGUAACCAUUUAGCCUUAAGAAAUGGGAGGAGGGAGGUUGAAAACGGUCACAUAAAGCAUAAUUAAAUGAACAGAAUGCUUUAGGUAGGAAGAGUGGGAAUGGAGCUGUUCUGCCAGUGCUAUAUGUCAUUUGUUUCUACAAAAAUACCAUGGGAAAUCAGGGAAUAUUCCUACAUUAACAAAAAGCUUCACAACUGGUGUUCUAGCUAUGGUUGGUUAGUCAAAUAGUUUGAAAAAAGAGUAUUGUAAAAGAGAUUUUAA